CUCAAUAGAAAAUAGGGCUCCGGGCCGGCGGCCCAACGGACGGAGGCCGAGGAGGACCCGCAGAGGUGGCGGCGGCCGGGGGCAGGAGGAUGGUGCAGAAGGAGAGCCAGGCGGCGCUGGAGGAGCGGGAGAGCGAGCUCAACUCCAACCCUGCCGCCUCCGCGGGGGCAUCGUUGGAGCCGCCAGCAGCUCCGGCCCCUGGAGAAGACAACCCAGCCGGGGCCGGGGGAGCAGCGGUGGCCGGGGCGGCAGGAGGGGCUCGGAGGUUCCUAUGUGGCGUAGUGGAAGGAUUUUAUGGAAGACCUUGGGUUAUGGAACAGAGAAAAGAACUCUUUAGAAGGCUCCAGAAAUGGGAAUUAAAUACAUACUUGUAUGCCCCAAAAGAUGACUACAAACAUAGGAUGUUUUGGCGAGAGAUGUAUUCUGUGGAGGAAGCUGAGCAACUUAUGACUCUCAUCUCUGCUGCACGGGAAUACGAGAUAGAGUUCAUCUAUGCUAUCUCACCUGGUUUGGAUAUUACCUUUUCUAACCCCAAGGAAGUAUCUACAUUGAAACGCAAACUGGACCAGGUUUCUCAGUUUGGAUGCAGGUCAUUUGCCUUGCUUUUUGAUGAUAUUGAUCAUAAUAUGUGUGCAGCAGACAAAGAAGUAUUCAGUUCUUUUGCUCAUGCCCAGGUCUCCAUCACAAAUGAAAUUUAUCAGUACCUAGGAGAGCCAGAAACUUUCCUCUUCUGUCCCACAGAAUAUUGUGGCACUUUCUGUUAUCCGAAUGUGUCUCAGUCUCCUUAUUUAAGGACUGUGGGUGAAAAGCUUCUACCUGGAAUUGAGGUGCUUUGGACAGGUCCCAAAGUUGUUUCUAAAGAAAUUCCGGUGGAGUCCAUUGAAGAGGUUUCUAAGAUUAUUAAGAGAGCUCCAGUAAUCUGGGAUAACAUUCAUGCUAAUGAUUAUGAUCAGAAGAGACUAUUUCUGGGGCCAUACAAAGGAAGAUCCACAGAACUCAUCCCACGGUUAAAAGGAGUCCUUACUAAUCCAAAUUGUGAAUUUGAAGCCAACUAUGUUGCUAUCCACACCCUUGCCACCUGGUACAAAUCAAACAUGAAUGGAGUGAGAAAAGAUGUAGUGAUGACUGACAGUGAAGACAGUACCGUAUCGAUCCAGAUAAAGUUAGAAAAUGAAGGCAGUGAUGAAGAUAUUGAAACUGACGUGCUCUAUAGUCCACAGAUGGCUCUAAAGUUAGCUUUAACAGAAUGGUUGCAGGAGUUUGGUGUACCUCAUCAGUAUAGCAGUCGGCAGGUUGCACACAGUGGAGCUAAAGCAAGUGUAGUUGAUGGGACUCCCUUAGUUGCAGCGCCCUCUUUAAAUGCCACAACUGUAGUAACAACAGUUUAUCAGGAGCCCAUUAUGAGCCAGGGAGCAGCCUUGAGUGGUGACCCUACAGCUUUGACCAAGGAAGAAGAAAAGAAACAGCCAGAUGAGGAACCCAUGGACAUGGUAGUGGAAAAACAAGAAGAAACAGACCACAAGAAUGACAAUCAAAUACUAACUGAAAUUGUUGAAGCUAAAAUGGCUGAGGAAUUGAAACCAAUGGACACAGAUAAAGAGAGCAUAGCUGAAUCAAAAUCCCCAGAAAUGUCUAUGCAGGAAGAUUGCAUUAGUGAUAUUGCCCCUAUGCAGACUGAUGAACAGACAAACAAGGAGCAGUUUGUGCCAGGUCCAAAUGAAAAGCCUUUGUACACUGUGGAACCCGUGACUUUGGAGGAUUUGCAGUUGCUUGCUGACCUAUUCUACCUUCCUUAUGAGCAUGGACCCAAAGGAGCACAGAUGUUAAGGGAGUUCCAGUGGCUUCGAGCAAAUAGCAGUGUUGUCAGUGUCAAUUGCAAAGGAAAAGACUCUGAAAAAAUUGAAGAAUGGCGGUCACGAGCAGCCAAGUUUGAGGAGAUGUGCGGACUGGUGAUGGGAAUGUUCACUCGGCUCUCCAAUUGUGCCAACAGGACAAUCCUUUAUGACAUGUACUCCUAUGUUUGGGAUAUCAAGAGUAUAAUGUCUAUGGUGAAGUCUUUUGUACAGUGGUUAGGGUGUCGUAGUCAUUCUUCAGCACAGUUCUUAAUUGGAGACCAAGAACCCUGGGCCUUUAGAGGUGGUCUAGCAGGAGAGUUCCAGCGUUUGCUGCCAAUUGAUGGGGCAAAUGAUCUCUUUUUUCAACCACCCCCACUGACUCCUACCUCCAAAGUUUAUACUAUCAGACCAUAUUUUCCUAAAGAUGAGGCUUCCGUGUACAAGAUUUGCAGAGAAAUGUAUGACGAUGGAGUGGGUUUACCUUUUCAAAGUCAGCCUGACCUUAUUGGAGACAAGUUAGUAGGAGGGCUGCUUUCCCUCAGCCUGGAUUACUGUUUUGUCCUAGAAGAUGAAGAUGGCAUAUGUGGUUAUGCCCUGGGCACUGUAGAUGUGACCCCCUUCAUUAAAAAAUGUAAAAUCUCCUGGAUUCCCUUCAUGCAGGAGAAGUAUACCAAGCCAAAUGGUGACAAAGAACUCUCUGAGGCUGAGAAAAUAAUGUUGAGUUUCCAUGAAGAGCAGGAAGUGUUGCCAGAAACUUUCCUUGCCAACUUCCCUUCUCUGAUAAAGAUGGAUAUUCACAAAAAAGUAACUGACCCAAGUGUAGCCAAAAGCAUGAUGGCUUGCCUCCUGUCUUCACUGAAGGCUAAUGGCUCCCGGGGGGCUUUCUGUGAAGUGAGACCAGAUGAUAAAAGAAUUCUGGAAUUUUACAGCAAGUUAGGCUGUUUUGAAAUUGCAAAAAUGGAAGGAUUUCCAAAGGAUGUGGUUAUACUUGGUCGGAGCCUGUGACAUUUGUUGGCACUUUGAACUGUCCGAAAGUCUCUUAACUUCACCUGGUGGGUGGUGGUUGGGGUCUUCAUACGGUUGAGCCUCUGGAAUGGCAACAAAUCAGCCAAUUGGGAUUGGAAACGAAGACUGUAAAACUCACCAAUCACACUUUGAGAUUAUUCACUGGUUGGAAGAUAGUAUUGAUGCAAAUCCUGUUUGAAACAGAUGUGGGCCUCCUUUCUGGGUCUUGUGUUAGGUGCCAAGACCUCUACACGGGCUUAUAGGGAGGGGGUCUUCAAUAAAUGUAGUCAGCACUG